GUGCCGAAUACUUUCGCAAGGCACUGUUGAUGAUGUCGCCAUAGUCUAGGACCGAUAGGAAUGUCUACUGAAUAAUAUGCUUUCUACUAAACCCAUUUUUAUUCUCAGUUAAUUCUCAUGCAUUCAAUUCAUAUUUACAACUUCACAACUCGUAAUUACCAUCUUCCCAUUUGGUUAUAAACACAACAUUAUUACUGCUUAUUACUGCCCACCUUCAGACUCAUAAAGACAUCACAAGUCAUCAAGGCAAGUGUCCACUCCCUUCAGAGUAAAAGCUACACCCCAGUCUUUCAGGAACUUGUUGUAAGCCAGAAGUAAAAGUACUGUUAUUGGGGAUGAUGACUAAAAUUAGUUGGAUUGGAACAAUUUUGGGGUGAAACUAAGCACAGAUACAGCUUAAGAUCAAGAGAAAUGGCAACCAGAGAUUCAUCAACAUGUGACCUGAAAGUUAUCCUUCUUGGCGGCAGAAACUCUGGGAAGAGCGAAGUGGGAAAUGUGCUGCUGGACAGGGAGGAGUUUGUCAUCAAGGAGCGGACCACGUGCUCUAGGAGGGUGGGAGAGGUGGCAGGUGGGUGGGUUACUGUGGUGGACACACCUGGCUGGUGGUGUGACUUCAAGGUGCAGGACACGCCUCAGCUGGUGAAAAGGGAGAUAGUGCGCAGUGUCUCUCUGUGCACCCCAGGACCCCAUAUUUUCCUUAUCGUCAUUAAGACACACUCUGUGUUCUGUGAGAAGCGUCGCAGGGCUGUAGAGGAGCACCUGGCCCUCCUCAGUGAGAGAGUGUGGAGUCACUGUAUGGUCGUCUUCACCUGCAGUGACUGGCCUGGACACAUGCACAUGGAGCAGCAAGUCAAGAGGGGAGGCACGGCCCCCCUGUGGCUGGUGGAGAAAUGCAGUCAUAGGUAUCACUGCCUCAACAUGAAGAGUGGACGAGGUGGAUAUCAGGUCACAGAGCUGUUCAGGAAGAUGCAGAGACUGGUGACAGAAAAUAGUGAUAGCUAUUUUAAAAUGGAGGGACUGCUUUUACAAGAGGUGGAGGAAAAUAAGAGGAUAGUGGAGCAAAGGGCUCAUCAGAGAUUGAUGAAGAUGCAGAAACAGAGAUCUCUGCUCAAUGGUCGCAGUUGUAAAUUAGAACUUGUUCUCAACUGGCCUACCUGGUUAAAUAAAGGGGAGUCAUGUCAUCUCUCCGAUAUCAGAGUCGUGCUGCUUGGAGCUCGGGGCUCAGGGAAGAGUUCAGCAGGAAACACCAUCCUGGGUCAAGGAGGAAGCUUUCAGGUCAGAAGGAGAACAGCGCAAUGCAUGGUGGCAGCAGGGGAUGUUGCCGGGAGACAAGUCACUGUGGUGGACACUCCAGGCUGGUGGAUGAAUUACUUCUCUCAGGAUAGUCCUGUUUUUGACAGACAGGAGAUAGUGUGUAGUGUAUCUCUUUGCUCCCCUGGUCCACAUGCCCUCCUGCUGAUGGUGCGUGUGGACCGGUCCUUCACAGAGACCUACAGGAGAGCUGUGCAGGAGCACCUAGAGCUCAUCACAGACACAGUCUGGGCUCACAUCAUCGUCCUGUUCAACUUUGGGGACUGGCUGGGAGACACAACCAUCGAGCAGCACAUUGAGAGUGAGGGGGAGGCCCUCCAGUGGCUUGUGGAGAAGUGUGGCAACAGGUAUCAUGUCCUCAACAAUAGAAGCAACUCAGGAUUUCAGGUUACGGAACUGAUGAGAAAGAUUGAGGAACUGAUGUCAUGCAACAGCAGUUGUUACUGUAAGAUUGAGGGCGGGAUUCUGCAGGAGUUGGAGGAGAAGAGGAGGGAAGAACAGAAAAGAGCAGGGGAGAGACUGACGAGGAGGCAGAAAAAAAGAGAGACUGACAGAUCUCUAUUAGGGGAGCUCUACUGUCCCCCAGAGCUGAGAAUAAUGCUGCUGAGUGGCCGCAACACAGGCAGGAGCUCUGCUGGAAACACCAUCCUGGGCAGAGAGCACUUUAAAGUAGGGUGCCAUGCCACUGACUGUGUGGAAGGACAAGGAAAGGUCAGGGGUAAGACUGUGACAGUUUUGGACCCACCAGGCUGGCUGUCAGUGGGUCCUGGCUCCCUGACGUCUCCCUCAGCCUCUGGGGUAACUGUGGUCCUGGUGGUUGUGAAUGUGAGCUCCUCCUUCAGCCACACUGUCUGGAGAACAGCAGAAAAACACCUGGAGGCGCUCGGAGAGAAAGUAUGGAAUAGAACCAUGGUCCUAUUCACCUUUGGGGACUGGCUGGGGGACACAACCAUCGAGCAGCGCAUUGAGAGCGAGGGAGAGCCCCUCCAGAGGCUUGUCGAGAAGUGUGGCAACAGAUACCACGUGUUGGACAGUAAGAACCAGGGGACUGGUGCACAGGUCACUGAGCUGCUACAGAAGAUAGAGGAGAUGCUGGUGGAGGAGAGGUUGGAGGUUUUACGGAGAAGAGAACAGGUUGGGAAGAGUCUCACAGUGAUGCAGGAGCCAGAGAUGGAUGGAGUGAUGGGAGAGGGCAGAGAGGUCCUUGUAGUAAACCACACAGACACUCCCUUUCAUGAUGCGUGUGAGGUGGCUAGUUCAGAGUACCUUCUAACCCCAGAUGACUCAGGAGCCCCAGACUUUGGUGGACAGGAAUUGGCACUACCAGAGGCCAGCGGAGGACGGUGGACUGAAGCAAAUCACUCCAUCCUUGAUGUGGAGGGGUUUCUGUCCAGCAUGGCCAGUGUGCUUCAGGAGAAUCAGGAGGGGCUGAUGUGGAACAUGGGGGGCAGGCAGACGCUAGUGGUGAACCUCCCAGACUGUCUCCACGCUGGACCUACUCAGAGCCAUCAUCUGAGAUGGAAUGGACAGAAUGGUAGAAAACCGGUCACCCUGUUCUCUCCAGGACACCAAGCUCUCCUCCUGGUCCAGCAACCCAAAGAACCAGAAAGAAUGCUGGUGAAGAACCAGGAAGACAUAGUGGAUAUACAGUCCCUUGGACACCCCAGGCUGAGGGACAGGACCCUCAAGGAGAUUGCCAGAACAGGAGGCCUGCAGGCCUUGAUUGACCAAUGGGGGAACAGUAAUUUGGAGGAGCUUGAAGCCUUCAUUGACUCCUAUUUUGAAAUGGUGUGGAAGAAAACCAUGGGGUCUUUCAUAGUAGAGGAGGACGACUGUCUCACCAGCAACAGGCCAGAGCUGAAUGAUGUUGGGGAGGAUCUUGUAAAUAAUGGUGACCAGGAGGUGCUGUCAUCCAUUGACAAGAAGCUGUCUAAGCUGGACCUCCUGGAAGGCAUGCAGAGAGACUUGCUGGACCUCAGACAGAGUCUGGAUCGCAGCUGUGACAUCAUACAGGAACUCAGUGACAAAAGUAAAGCAACACAGAAGCCUGCUGUUCCCUCUGAUGCAGGGGAGGCAGAAGUGGAGGAAAGUUGCUUAUCGGAGAGAUGUUCAACAAUAACAUAAAUGAUAAGUUAUAGAUUGGUUUGUUUUAUCUAAAUAUGCCCUAACAUCAUUGUUCAGGUAACAACUAAUUAACAGUAUUGAUUUAUUGAUGGAGUUAAUGCUAAUGGCGAGGCAGUAUAUUAACUUCAUGAUGUCAUGUGUUUCCACAAGGGGGAGCCCUCUGACAAGCAAUUGUGGGGGGUUGGUCUCCUGCAUAGGUUACUGUAUCUAUUUCACUACAUGAAAUAUUUCACUCCAUUAUUAUACAAGAUACCAGUCAUUUUAAAUCAGUUAUUGUUGAUAAUUUCCUAGAUUAUUAUUUUAUUUAUCUUAUGAGGCUUGUAUAAAGACAUAUCAGGGUCCAGAUGACAGCACGUGUCAUGCCAUAAAAGUAACAUAUUAUAUAUCAUGAAACAUAUCAAAAGGGCGAGUCUUUUUUUUGUGUUUGCUCAUGAGACUUGUUCGAGUCAAUGUAAAAAUAAUUGACAGCAACAAAGACGGAGAGCCGUGACCCUCUUAGGUGGUGGGUAAGCUGAGGAUGAAAAACUGUCUGACUGUGCUGUGGUGACUGUCUGCAGGUGCUGCAGCCCCAGCCUCAGCCAACUGGCUGAUGACUCAUCUCUCUACAGCAGAAGCAGAACAUCUACAGUAGAAUCGGGCUGAUUCACAACUGGAAGGGAAAUACUGUAGGUCUUCACAUUGGGUAGCUACUGUUCAUAAAUAAGGGCAUGGAGUUUUUCCUCUUCAGGUCACAUGGUUAGAAAACACUUCAGGUGCUAUUCAUAAUUGCUCUCCAUCUUGCAACAUGCUGAGGUGUGUGAGAGAGAGAGAAAGAGAGUGAGAGAGAAAGGGGGAGGAAUAGGGAGAGAGAGAGAGAGAGAGAGAGCGAGAGAGAGAUGCAGAAACAGAGCAUGUCCUAAAUUACCUUCAAUCUCCAGUUAAUGAAAAACAGGAAGUUGGUUCAGGCAGACCAGACAUUGUGUUAGCUGAGAAUACCAUAAAGCUGGAAGGCUACAUUUCUAAACCCUUUCAGAAUUUGCCCAAGAGCCAGAGAGAUGAGUCACACAGACACAUACAGCGGCUAAUAGAUUUCUAGCUGGGUAAGUAAACACUGCAAAGCCUGGUGCAGUCAAGGUCAAUCUAUCUACUUUUAAAGCCAACAUGUAAGAACCUCAAAGUAAAGUGUUUUUAUAGGGCAAUUUUUAUUGAAAUCCGGAAAUGGGAAGAUGUUGUUGCCAAGCUAUUAUUUUUUUGACCCUCUAUUUUUCAUUGACCGUCUGAACGAGGUUACAACGUUGACAGAUUGAUGAAAAAAUAGAUGUUUUAUUGUCACAUACACCAGAUAGGCAGUACUGUAAAAAAUAUUGAUACCCAGACAUUGUAGAAUUGCUGAAACGUAGGCCAAAAACCAGCCAGACAAUUGUACUUUCCUCUCAAUACUGUUUUUUUUGUCAACCUCUAGUUUAACUCUCUACAUCCAAUAUUCACCUUUGUUAAUAGCAACACUGGGCUAUUUUAGAGUAAAGAAAUCCCACAGCCACAAAGUGAGGCUCUUGGGACAUAAAUGCACUUGUUUUAUUUUUGACACAUAGCCUCGGCAUCCAGUCUCUUCCCUGGCCUGGUGUGUUUUUCCCUACUCAGACUAGAAGUUCCAUUAUGCAGCGAUCCCCAGAGUGCUUGGAGAGAGUGAGGAGGGCCCCACCUGGUGUGUUCAGAGUGCAUCUCCCCACCGCCCACCUUACUGGCCAAUGGGAGAGAGGGUUGUGACUGCCAUCCCAGCAUAGCCUGGACUGGCGAGAAAGGAGAGUUGUGUGUUGGCGAUGAAUCAGCUGUGAUUGGUUGGCACGUGACCUGAAACAGACUGCUUGGCUUACCCAAGAAUGCAAAGGUCCACAGAUGAUGCAAUCGCCAUCACACUGCAGACUGCCCUAUCCCAUCUGGACAAGGGGAAUACCUGUGUAAGAAUGCUGUUCAUUGACUAUAGCUCAGCAUUCAACACCAUAGUACCCUCCAAGCUCAUCAUUAAGCUUGAGCGUUCUCAGCCCCCUCCAGUACUCCCUGUUCACCCAUGACUGCGUGGCCAUGCACGCCUCCAACUCAAUCUUCAAGUUUGCAGACGACACAACAGUAGUAGGCUUGAUUACCAACAACGAGACAGCCUACAGGGAGGAAGUGAGGACACUCAAGGUCAACAAAACAAAGGAGAUGAUCGUGGACUUCAGGAAACUGCAGAGGGAACACCCCCCUAUCCACAUCGACGGGACAGCAGUGGAGAAGAUGGAACGUUUUAACCUUCACAAACAUUUACAGAUGCACAAUUGAGAGCAUCCUGUUGGGCUGUAUCACCGCCUGGUAGGGCAACUGCCCUGCCCGCAACAGCAGGGCUCUCCAGAGGGUGGUGCGGUCUGUACAACACAUCACCGGAGCCAAACUUCCUGCCCUCCAGGACACCUACAGCACCCGAUGUCACAGGAAGGCCAAAAAGAUCAUCAAGGACAACAACCACUCGAGCCACUGCCUGUUCACCCCGCUACCAUCCAGAAGGCGAGGUCAGUACAGGUGUAUCAAAGCUGAGACAGAGAGACUGAAAAACAGCUUAUAUCUCAAGGCCAUAAGACUGUUAAACAGCCAUAAUUAACACAGAGAGGCUGCUGCCUACAUACAGACUUGAAAUCAUUGGCCACUUUAAUAAAUGGAUCACUAGACACUUUAAUAAUGACACGUUAAUAAUGUUUACAUAUCUUGCAUUACUCAUCUCAUACAGUUGAAGUCAGAAGUUUACAUAUACUUAGUGUCACGACUUCCGCCGAAGUUGGUCCCUCUCCUUGUUUGGGCGGUGUUCGGCGGUAGAAGUCACCGACCUUCUAGCCAUCGCUGAUCCUCCUUUCAUUUUCCUUUGGUUUUGUCUUGUCUUGUAUCACACCUGGUUCCAAUACCAUCAAUUAUAUGUUGUGUAUUUAACCCUCUGUUCCCCCUCAUGUCGGUGAUUGUUUAUUGUAAGUUCUUGUGCACAUCUGUCCUGGUGUGUGUUGGGUUAUGUACCCAUUUAUUUUAUUAUUCUGUUUCCCGGUGGGUUUUGUUAAUAAACUGCGCCGUUGGAAACACA